UUCAACUUGUGUUCUUGUGUUUUAAAUAUAUUUUAUUUUUGAAAUUGAAGUGAAAAUGGUUAUAGGUUCUUUUUAUUAACAUUUAAUUUGAAAGGAAGUUUUCUUCGUGAUUGUUUAAUGAAUUAAAAAUGUUGAUAAGGACUUUAUAAUGUGAAUUGUGUGGAUGGCGUGAUUCACCAUGGAAAAUAUUGUUAUGUGGAAUUGAAUCCAUUGUGGAUUACAAGAUGAUUGCAGUGGAUAUACUGGCUGAUAAGCUUAAGGACCAGAAACUUGAAGAAUGUGCCAAAACUAAGGGGAAAUCUCCGAUUACAUUUAUACAGCCAGGAGAAGGGUUUAAAUUGUCCAAGAAUGCUGAGGCAGCCAUUAAAGGCUCAGGGAAAAAAGUGUGGACAGUUAAAUUAAAUUCUGGUGACAGAAUUUCUGGUCUUACAAAAACAGAACCUCAUUCCAUUCGUAAAAAAUCUGAUGAGAGUCAUCAUAGGACAGAUGGCCGUCGUUCAUAUCACGAUGACAUUUUAUCAAGAAAAGAGACUAGAAGAUCAAGCCAAGAUUUACAGAGGAGUAAACUGUCUCCACGUAAACAAACAAGUCAGGAUAUUUGUGAGGAUAAAUUGUCUCAGAUCUCAACAGCCUGUGAUAACGGGAAUUCCGUAGACCCACCCACCAAAAGACAUUGUACUGAUGUGACAUCAAAAUGGCAGCCAAAAGAAACGUUAGUUUGGAAGCCUAUUCCUGUAAUUGAUAAGGAACAUCAUUUUAGUCCAGCAUUUAGUGAUCAUUUAAACUGUGAUAUUUUUACACCACCGGAAUCUCCCGUACCUCGUCCGCUUUCAGCAUCUACAUAUCCCGGUUGUUAUGACAACAUGUAUAGUCCCAUUGGUGCAUCAUGGCUUGAACAAACAACUUUUAACAAAUUCAAUGCUUUUAAAAACCGUAGUCUUUCUUUUGAGGAUGAGAUUUCGUGUAGUAACGCCUCAGGAUCAACUUCAUCUGUACAGUUAGCACAUCAUCAUUACAAUCACCAUCAUCGUAAUAAAAUACCUCGGUGUCGAUCACAACCUUCAGUUCUCUAUGACAGAAAAUGUGGUAUUAAACGUCGCAGAGAUUAUGAACAUCGACCAAAAUUAAACUUUCACAAAAUGACUGAGACAGCAUAUGAGAAGUUUCCAAAAUCAACACCAGUAUCUACCUUGGGCAAGGAGAAAUCAAGAUUUCAUGAAGAAUUAGAGUCUGUGAUGAGUUUAAUGCCAAUUGCUAGUUCCCCAUUAGACAAUGAUUUUCCGUUGAAAGCUGCUAUGGAAUCACGAACAAGUCCCAUAACAGAGAUGGAACAUUGUCGCAGUGAUAGUACAGAGUUUAUUGACUGUGAAAAUUAUUAUGAUUCUGUUGUCAAAGGUCCAGUGAAACUGGUUGGUGAAGAUGAUGAAGAUGAAGAAAUUUUCAAGCUUCAGGAAGACCUUGAUUUAGAACAAAUUGAAAAUCACUAAGAAAAUUUAUGAAUGAUUUUUAUUUGGUUGUUUUUGUUGAUAUUCUGCUGUGAUUAAGCCUAAUAUUGUUUAGCUUUAAAUAAUGUUUUAAAACUUUCAGUAUUUCUUUUUAUUAAUUUAAGAUGUUAGAUAAUACAAUGUACUGGAAAUGUUAUUGAUAUUGGUAUUAAUUUCAAAAAUGUACUGUUCAUUUAAAUUCAAAUCUUCUUCUUGUGUAAGAAACAAUAGAUCUCAUUCAGUGUCUUUGAAUUCUUAGUCAGCUUGUUCAUUAAAAAAUAAACAAACCUUAUGGGUUGUAAUUGCAAACUCAUUCACACCUGUACAUACAUAAUCACUUGAGAGGUUAAAAUGACCAAUAAUUACAUAGUAAUUAGUGUUUUCUUCAGAAGAUUUUGUAUUUUGUAUUCAUUAUGAGUCACAAUAUAUAAUUUGAGUGAUUAUAUUAUAGCUACAUGAUAAUUUCUGUAGAAAUGAAUGGUUAUUUGUCAAACAAAUGAAGGUUAAGAUUACACUAUAAUGAUUAUGUGAAAUUCAGCCUAUCCUUGUUAUAUGUAUAGUUAUCCUUUAGAAGGAGAAAUAAAGGUUUUAUUGAAGAGGUUGUAAUCAGUUAAGUGUUUUCGAAGCUGCAUAAUGAAUAUCAAACUUAUGAAAAUUAUUUGUCAUAAUUUACGGCAAGAUCAAGGGAGGUUACUAUAACAAAGAAACUUUAUCAGGAUGAAUGUAAUUACUGUAUUAAGAACUUCAGGCAACAAAAAAGUUAAAUAGAUGAUGAUGUCAAAGUACUGUAUUGUAGAAAUUUACUUAUAUUCAAAUCAUUAUAUCAAUACAAUGUUAUAGGCCAGGUUCCAGUAUAAACACAUAAAAUAUUCAGGUCACCAAUAGUUGAUUGAGUAUAUUACUACUAUGGAUGUGUUAUUUGACCUUCACUACCCAUAAGGGUCUCAUACGGUUGACUAAGGGAGUAUACCUGGGUGAAGGGAGAUAAGCCAUUAACCGGUAAUGCGUUUGCAAUAAGCUAUUUCAUAGGUGCUUUUUAUGGUUUUCUUUGAAACAGAUUUUAAAAAUCUGUCAUUUAGAGGAGGCACACCACUAAUUCUUGGCCCAUAAACCUUAUGGCUAUAUGGGAAUUUGCGACACUUGACCUGAGAAUUUACGACACUUUAUUGUAAGAAGACUUAUUGACGUCAUACAACAAUCACUAUUCCUUUGUUGUGUCAGACAUUUUAUUUGUGAUAUCAAAAUUUUACUGGAACCUCUGUACUAUUAUUUGCCUAUUUGUCUUUUUAUUUUUGGCCAUGGCGUUGUCAGUUUUUUUUUUUCGAUCUAUGAGUUUGACUGUCCCUCUGGUAUCUUUCGUCCCUCUUUUGUGAUGCCCAGUAAGGGGGACAAAUAGCGAUAAGGUGUAUUACUUUCUAUGUUCUUCAAUUUCAAGCAUUCAUAGCUAUUUUGUCAUAAGCUCAAAUCGCUACCGUAACUUGUUUUGCAAUGAUAAAAUCAACGUGCUUUUAAUACCAUAAAAGAGCAUACUGGUUCCCAGAACUCAGAUCUGAGAAACUGGCACAAUAUAUGCCCUCCUUUUUAAAGUUUGUGCAAUUAUUAAAUAAGUGAUAACAAUAAAAUAAGUCUUCAGUUGAAAAGUAUUCAACAAUGAUCACAAUAAAAUAAGUCUUCAGUUGAAAAGUAUUCAACAAUGAUCACAAGUCCUUUAGCUUUCAUUUGAUACUGAAAUUACUUAAAUAUUCUACAUAUUAUUUUGAAAGUGACACCUAUACAUAUGAACUAUUUUGUUUAAAAUAUUUACUAUUUUCUGUUAUGUUCUUUAUACCUGGACCUGAAUUAGUGGUGUUACACCUUAGAAGCUGAAAAUAUAUGUAAUUUCAAAAGGAUAGUAAAAAGAGUUCCAAGGAUUUUUAAAGGCAAUAUCCCAUACCCUAAGUCUCCCUCCUUAGAUGUGUUAAAUUUACAGGUCAUUAUUUACAAUCACUGUGAUCAUUAAGUUACAGAAAUUUUUCCAUACUUUUGUCAUUUGACGUUAGUAAAUAGUUAAAUAUUCCAAUGUAUGGUAGCUAGUGUCACAUUAGUUAGGAGAUAAAAAUAUUUUACAUUAUUUGACAUAAUACAACUGUCAUGGGCCCGUUUUUAAGAUAUUGCCUCUGUUUUAAUUGAAACAACUUUUAUUAUUAAAUGAAAAAUAACUAUUUGCAAGAAAAUUGGUCAUCACUAAGUCAUGCUGUAAUAGCUUAUAUUACAUUUGUCAUCAGUUGUUUCAAUUCAGGGUAUUUUUUAUUAGAUAUUAAAAUAACAUACAUCAUAAAAAUCAUCGAUGUUUUUUCUAAAGGUUAUGAUAAAAUUGAAGUCUGGGGAUCUUUUAAAUUUUGGUUGAACAGUAGAUUUUUAAGUCAUCAUAAAUUUUGAGGAUGAUCUAUGAAUGUGAAGAAAAAAAGAAUUUUUUACUUCUGUUGUGAAAGGUUAAUUCACUUAACAUUCCAACUUUUGAGAAACUGCUAAUGACUUCUAUCAUUUAAUUUUCUAAUAAUAAUUUUGCAAAAUGCAUCAUUAUGUCAACCUGACCUUUUUCUGAAUCAAAAAUGAAAAUAAAUGUUUUAAAAAACAAUUAAUUUUUCAAUCUCAUUUAUUUUGAUGACUAUAUAUUUUUAUUACUCUUUAAAAUCAGAUUAGUGACAGAAAAUUUGUAGAGAUUAAGCAGAUUAUGAAUGGAUUAAUACUGUUAAAAGGUCAAGGUUGAGUGUUGACAAUACUAUGAACAAAUCAUGUUUUAAUUAAAGAGUACAACAGCUUAUUAUUGUUUAAUCUGUUAGUACUUAAAGUUAUUUGUUUACCUUUUUUAAGAUUGAAAAUGAACACUUUGUGGUUUUUUAUUUAUAAUUUAAAAUCUGUUUUGUUUGAAUAGUUUUAAAAUCUGUCUGAUUAUGUAUGCAUUAUUAAGCUCGAAAAGCCUGUGGUCAAGGUACAUGUAAUACUAUUUCUUGUCCAGUUUACAAUUUUUUUAAAUACUUUCAGAUUUCUUUUUUAAACUACAAAUAAUCGUACACUUAUCACAGUUACUUCUACAACUUACAUAGGAAGCACUGAAUAAUGACAAUGUAAAUUGUUAUAUUUUUGUAAUAGUACCUUCUGUGUAUACUAUUUUAACUUUGUUUAUAGAUGUUUAUUUUCAAGUUCAAGUUCAAAAGCUUUACUUGUAGACAAAAAUAAGUAUACAGAAAACAUAAGCUUUAGCUUUUAUAUCGUCUUAUUACAAACAAAACAUUUUACAUUAAGCUUAACUUUCCAAAUUGAAAGAAAGAUCAAAAAUUUAAAUGGAAUAUAUUUGAUCCCAUGUAAUAUGUUGGUACACUUAUAGACUUUUCCAUCUGUUGUUUUAUGUAAUUAAGUUCAACAUAUAUCCAAAGAUCCAUGAUUUUCCUUAAAUUGGUGAAAAUAAUGAGAUUUUAUACAUGAGUGAGUUUACCAUUACAACACAAUGUCCACUUAUUGGGUUUUAAUGGUAUGUUUUGCUAACUACUUACACUAUUUAACAGUAAUCAAUCGUCAAAACAGCCAAAUAUUGACUUAUAUUAAACUGCAUGGUGAAAAAGCUGAAAAUCUCUUCAAGUGCUAUGGAUGUUUAAAAUUAGUUUUGUCAAGAGCACCAUUGGCUUGUUUAGAGAGUUGCUGAGCAUUUGAAAAGGGCAUUAAGAAAAGCGGUCUCAUUCUGUUAUGAAUUUCUAAUGUUGUCUGCUCUAUUACCAAUACAUUGACAAAACUUUAGGUAUAAUGUGAUAACCAGCACACAAAACAGGGGACCAUUAUAUGGUAGCUAUAUAUAGUGCUCCGUAGAAAGAAGCUUUUACAGAGCCUACAAUAAAUAUAUUCUUUCAAUUACAGAUUGCACACACCCUAUGUUUUGAAUAUGCAAGGUGAUGAUGGUGUUUGUGCUUUCAAUGAAAGUUUUAUUUAUUUAUGAAAAAGAUUUUUUUUUUAUUAAAUUAUUUAAUAGAGAGAUUAUAUAAUUAUCUUUUAUCUUGCAUGAUAAAGUGAGAUUGUUAUUAAUUAUAAAUUAUGAAUAUAAGAUAGGUUUAUUUUUAAUUUAUUUUUUGCACAGAAUAUUAGUGUUAAUUAUAGUUGUGACCCCAAAGUUAUACAUUGAAUUUCAAUAUUUAUGCAAAUUAUCUUAGUUGAAUAGUAUGCACGAAGAAAUUUGGUACAUGCCACCUUUGCCGCAUGUAAAAUAGCAACAAUAAACUUGAAAUAUAAAAUGUCUAUAGUUGCUGACAAGUACAAUAUCUAUAGGCAGAAUUUUUUUUUUAUUUGAAUGUGGUAUAUUUUUUGAAAAUAUGAAUUGAGAAGAAAGAUUGUUUUAUUUUUGUCUAUAAUUACAUACAAAGUUUUAUAUUUUUACAAUCUGUUGUAUUUCUUAAGAAUUCUAGAGUUGUACUUCUGACAAGGUUAAUGAAUUGAAAGAGAAACAAAUAAAAGAAGCUUAAUAAGUUUUAUUUGUCCAAAAUGUAUUUUCAAAAUGGCAGUUGUAAUGCAUUUAUAUUCCAAGGGGAAUUUUCCCCCAUUGUUUCUUGUAUAAAUCCAGAACAUUGUUAAAAUCCAUUUCAUUUCCGACAUAAAUCCAUCUGUUGUUUACCAUUUCAUGUUGAUAUUGUUGAUGUAAAUAUACAGCAGAUUUUUGUGUUACUAUGGUGACCAUAUUUAUUACUUUUUGUGUUGACACAAUGUUAGAGUUUAAUAAAUAAUUUAAAUUUG